AGCUCCGGUGGCAGUGGGAAAUGAAUAAAUCCCAGCCCGCGGUCCUAAUGGGCAAGAGUUUAACUGGAAUUCAUGCGUGGUCCUCCUACUUCAAGAGUUCUUAAACACCGGACAAUACCGAGGUUGAUUGUAGUUCAUGUGAAAGCAGGGUUCGAGGAGUUUGGUGUUGUAAGGUGAAUUGAUUCUCUGGAGUAUUGGAUCUGCAGUCUUUCCUUCAUAGGUGUUCAUCUGCAAGCAAAGGACCUCAAGCAAGACCAAGAGAAUGUUCGAUAUAUUAUUUGUGAUGAUAUUUGGAUUGUCAGGGCGUGUUCUGACUAAAGACACAGACACAAAAGGGAGGUUCAGUUCUCCAGUGUUGGAUGUUACUGAAAAGCAGCUUAUUAUAGAGAGAAAUCAGACACUUCAGCUAAACUGCAGAGGACGGUGGGAGCUCCAGUGGGUUUUGCCAUCAGGCGUCCCGAAAGUGUACCACGGCACGCAGAUAAAAGAGACUCGCUGCGGGAAGAAAAAUAACCAAUACUGCAGCCGCCUGAUGCUCAGUCCUGCUUUAGCUCAACACACUGGCUCUUACCGCUGCAGGUACCGCCAAAAGCAUCGCAAACAGACCUCUGUGUACGUCUACAUCACAGAUAGCCAGCGGCCAUUUGUAAAGGUGCAGUCGGAGAUCCCAGAAGUGGUGUACAUGAAGGAGGGAGAGCCAUUGGUCUUCCCCUGCAGAGUCACAAACCCGGAUGCCAAAGUCUCAUUGGUUAAGUUUCCUUUCCACCCGAUAGCUCCUGAUUAUAGAAACAUCAUCUGGAAUAGCAAGCACGGUUUCACUAUUCGUAGUCCCACAUUCUUCUACAUCGGGCUAUUCUCCUGUGAAACUAUUGUCAAUGGAGUCAAAUAUAGCAACAGGUUCUUGACUCACAGGCCAGUGAAUAAAAUCCUGGAUGUGUAUUUGAACAGCACGGGUUUGGUCCACAUGUUACAGGGCCAGAUGUUAGCACUGAACUGCACCGUUACAGCUGAGUGGAACGCCAGGGUGUCCAUUAGCUGGACGUACCCUCAAAAGGCUAAUGGAUCUGCCAAUAUCAUCAGACGCAUAUCAAGGAGCAGAACCAACAUGCUGUUCUACAGUGUCCUCACCAUCCCCAGCCUGAGCACAGCAGAUAGAGGACUUUACAAAUGUCAUGUAACAAGUGGUCCAUCCAAGCGAGAAACAAAUGCCACAGUUAUUGUCUAUGACCAGCCUUUCAUUCGACUCAAGCACAGAGAUGGCCCUGUGGUUCAGGCUUCUGCAGGACAGAAAUCUUUCCGUCUUACUCCAAAACUAAAAGCUUUCCCUGCACCUGAAGUCAUCUGGUUGAAGGAUGGGAUGGUUGCCGCCGAGCAGUGUUCCCGUUACCAUGUAGACAGAUUUUCUCUGGUCAUUCGGGAUGUCGCUGAAGAGGAUGCAGGAAUCUACACCAUCCUUACUGGCAUCCAGCAGUAUGGACUUUUCCAGAACCUCACACUCACAUUGGUGGUAAAUGUGAAACCACAGACUGGAGAAAAGACAGUUUCCUCUCAGCAACCUGGGACUGUCCAGCGAGGCAGUAGACAAGCCCUGCAUUGCACCUCUCACGGUGUCCCACCUCCUAAAAUCCAGUGGCUCUGGCAUCCGUGCCCUCCGAAAGGCCUCAGUCCGGCGCGGCUGGCCUGACGCUGUGGAGGAGGAGGAGUUGUGGGCCGGGCCGGCCUGAUAGCGGCUGGAUGGGCUUGAGCUCAGCCAUGGGAACAGCAGCACUCUUAUCUCAACCAGGCAGGAGGCGCAGACGGGCUUCCUGUGCGAAAAAUCAGAGCGCUUUUCCUCUCGUUGUUUGGCUUCCUCCCCGAUGCGAGACAACUUCCCAGCAGCGUGAUUGUCCCUCCAUCUUCAAACGUGGCACAGUCCGCUUCCUCAGAAGCUUGAUCUAUUCUUGAGUCCCCAAUCCCACACAAACACCCUCCACCCCACUUUACUGAUCCCCCACAAUCCACCUCACCUGUCUUGCCACACUCACAAAUAACCCUACAACUGCCAGUGGCCUUCCUUAUCCAGCCACCCCAGAGACAUCACUAAAAGCACGCCAUCUCAUGACGAUCAAGAACAGCUGGGCUCACUCAGGAGUGGAUGGAGAGGCUGAUAACUCUGCACCCCUGGAACUAAAUUCUAAUUUAUUCCUCUUUUUUUUUUUGUUGUUGUUGUUCAGAUACAGGUUUUUUCUGCUCUUCUUCUUUCUGAGCAUGAUCCCCAUCCAUACACUGCCUGGUGCUGCUUUGCUUUUUGUGUUCUUGAGUGGUACUAUAAAGGAUGUAUGAACCAAGCCUCCAUCUCCAAAACUCAGACCAUCAUUUGUAGUUCUAACAUCCAUAAAAGCUGUGAGUUCAGAUUGUACACGAUGAAAAUAACUUCUAUCUACUGUCUUGACGUGAGCCAAGGAUGGCCGAGAAAACCGAGGCUCGCUGUUUGGAUUUCUUGUUUUUGUUUUUUUGUUUUUCCAGACUGGACCUGGCCCAGAAUGCCUGCUGUGUAGGAGUUCUGAUGGACCGUAAAUGCUCUGUGUCAUCCCAUGUGUCAUCUUAUGGCAAACUCUUCCACUUCACAGUGAUGCUGUGUAUUACAGUUGCUUUAUUUUGUGCUGAAAGUAAAGAUCCUGCCUGUUUGUAUGCAAGUG